AUGGCGGAACACUUUGUUUUAACUAAAGGGCCUGCAGGUCAGUAUUCUCCUGAUCUGGCGAAAGCUUGCGAAGAUCAUUUUGCCAGAAUCUAUCCUGAAUGUGUAAAUUCAGAAGAUCAUGGAACGGUUAUGUGCCCUCUCGUGUUUUCGUUUGGAUACGUCGCUCCAACUGGUGAAGCUUCUGGCGCGACGGCGCUUUCUAAAAUCGAGCAGGAUACCUUAAGGGGUGAUGAGGCCGAACUAAAAAUUUUUCAUAUGCUUGAGAAGUUUGGCAAGAGCACAAAUCAACCGAUGUUUGUUUUUACACAGCUGAAAAUAUCGGAAUUCAUCAAAACUAUUCUUCGACUGAAGUUACCAGCCGCUCAUGCCAUUUUCAAUUCUCCAUUGAUUCUGGGCAAAGAUCUCGAAAUAAUCGACUUCUUGAUAAUUCACCGAAAAAUUGGAGUCAUCCUCGUCGAGGUGAAGGCGGCUUUAAAUUUCUCCAAUACAGUACAGCGCAAAGCAAAAUCCCAGCUUCAAAAUGCAGAGGAAAUUAUACACGCUCUUUUACAGCAAGAUGUGAAGCAUGAAAUCGCCAUUCCUGUUUAUAAAGUGAUAGCGAUGCCCAAUGUAAAUCAUCGCUGCUAUGAAAGUGAAAUUUUCAUUAAUCUUCGAGAAAUAACAGUACGCUCGGUUGAUAAUUUUAUGAGUUGGUGGGAAAAGGGAUUUCCUGAAAAGAAAUUUGGCCAUCACGACAAGUGCAAGGUACAAAAUCUUAUUUCGAAUUUUGUCGGUCAAACCUGUGAAGUCAGCGCUGAUGUGGUCAUAUCAGACGUCUGCAUGAAGAUUGAAAAGCAGAAAUUUCUUGAAACGAGCUAUAAGAAGAGCACCAGAAAGGCGACAUGUGGAUCCCAAGGUGUCGAAAAGGCAGAAGCUGUGUUGGCGAAGCAAUUUAUGUUCCUUAAUCCUGAUCAGCUACGAAUAUGGAAUGGUCCACGCCGUCAGUUUUUCAACGGUUCUAGUGGCAGUGGGAAAACCAUUUUGCUCCAGUUCAAAGCUUUGGAAUGCGUCAAAUACGCCAAGAACGGAGAAAAGGUUUUAGCUGUGGUCCCCUCAUCUCUGAAAGCACUGUUCCAGGCCUUUUUUGUAGAGCGUAACAUUCAUAGUGGAGUGGAUGUUCUCUCCCCUGUUGAGUUGAGGGAUCUGGAGAAGAAUGACGUAAAAUUCCACAUCUUCGUUGAUGAGUUACAGGCAUUUCUUACGGAAAUUCCAGACGCGUUGAAACUCUUAGAAGAACUAAUUCAAAUGGCAGAUCAUCAUUGUUACUGUUGGAUUGCUUAUGAUUAUAUGCAAAUUAGCAUAAGCGAAACGCAGGAUACAGUGGAGGCUUUAAAAUCCGGAGCAAAGGUACACGCUGAAGCUCAGAAAGCUAGCAAAACCUUCAACUUUCAUCAUGGCCCUUGCCUGUCAACAACGGUGAGAGCCACCUUUCAAGUUUAUCGUUUUGUACAAGCUUUCGUUAAGGAAACUCUGCAGAAAAUAGAGCCUCCAGGUUUCGAUCACUUGGAAAAAGAAACAAGAGAGAUUUUAACCAAAUUUGUGGAACGUUAUGAUGUCUCAAACCACCUUGGCCACCGCAUUUGUGGACCACCUGUUACAGUUCUCCAAGCUACAGAUUAUGAAUCUAUGACACAAAUCAUCCAGGAACAGGUCAAAAUGUGUACAAACGAGGAUUCCCUAGAUCACGUUGCUGUCCUUCUUACAGAUUCUGUCUCCAAGGAACACUUGUCUAGUGCUAUAGCAAGGAGAGAAAUUCCUGUUUGUGAUAUUGGCGACCAGAAGAAUGCAGUUACCCUGGACUUUGCAUCUAAAGCUCUUUCAUAUGAAUGGCCUGUUGUUAUUGCCAUUUCAGGGUCUCCUCAUCUGUCGUCUAAUUACACCAUGUUUACCAGAGCUGUAGCAAGGCUAGUGGUAAUAACGAGCGGGGAUGUAAGCGAAUACUCUCCUAUCCUUGAUAGGAUCAUAUGA